AUGGAACUGCCGCCGCCACCCCCAGGUCUUGACAUCUACGAGGAUCGAUCGGGCAAGGUCAUUGCUUCCGUGCUUGCUCCGGCAAUUCUCGCCGUCAUCGCGGUAGGAUUGCGGGUUUGGGCAAGAUAUAUUUCUAAAGCUGAGUUCAGAUGGGAUGACUAUCUAAUUAUACUAGCAUUGGUUGUGGCGAAGCUAGGUGGAAUGGGCAAGCAUAUAUGGCACCCCGAUAUCAACAUGGAAGUGAUGUACCAGCUUGUCUUUGCUAUGGAAUUUAUCUAUAGCUGCACGAUCCCCGCAAUCAAGAUGUCGGUGAUUAUGUUCUAUCACCGGAUCUUUGCGAUCUCCCACUUCAGAUACAUCUUGUACAUGUGUUCCUUCCUUGCGAUUGGCUGGUUUGUUGGUGUGAUGGUUGUAAAUCUGGUCCAGUGCAAACCAACCCAGUAUCUCUGGAAGCAAUUCGCCGAACCACCUGGCAAAGGGGAAUGUAUCGACGUUCAAGCAUACUUCAUGGGGAAUGGCAUUGCCGAAGCUGUCACCGAUUUCAUCAUCCUAGGUGCCCCGUUCUACGAGGUCUAUAAACUCCAAAUGCCAACUCCUCAAAAACUAGCCGUCAUGUGCAUCUUCGGUCUUGGAGCCUUCACCUGUGUUGCAGGUGCCCUUCGGUGUUAUGCAGUCAAAAUCAUGAAUGAGUCCGAGGAUGUUCCUUGGAACUUUGGCCGCGGAUUUAUCUGGAGCUCAAUUGAGCCUUCACUUGGGAUUGUGUCCGCAUGCCUGCCGACCCUCCGACCUAUUGUCCGGUAUCUCUUCCCAUCCGGGUUCGGUUCCAGCAAGAAAACAAGCGACUUCUACCGCUUGCAAGAAGGCGGGACCUUCGUGUCUGGCACUGGCAACGUUGCCCUGACGAAUGACAUUCGUCGAGGUAAUAGAGACUCGUCCCCCGAUCCUGGACUCCAUGACGACCCUGAUCAUUUUAUCACGGUCCAACGGGAGUUUAUGUGGUCCUCCAAGUCCGCUACGAACAACUCCACUCCCUGA